GUGGGGAGGACACGCUGCGGUCAGGACCUCAGCUGACACCGCCGGGGCUGAGCGCGCAUCCUCCGGCCUCCAGGCGCAGGACUGAGUCCCCUGCGAGGGAGGUGACAGCGCGGCACCUCUCUCCGCCUCCAGUUUCAGGGCUCCUGGGCGGACCAUGUUUUCCCGGCAGCGGUGGUGGAGCGGAAGUGGUGCCUAUGAGCGGGUCCCUGGGGGGCUCGAGGCGCAGAAAUGUAGUCCGGAGAAAAGUGCUUCAUUCUUCAUCAAGGUGACAUAUUCCUGGUUUAGCAGAGUAAUUAUUUUAGGCUAUAAGAAGCCUUUGGAAAGAGAAGAUCUUUUUGAGCUGAAUGAAAGUGAUUCUUCCUACACCGUGUGUCCCAUUUUUGAAAAACAAUGGAGGAAGGAAGUUUUAAGGAAUCAAGAGAGGCAAAAAGUAAAGGCUUCCCUUGGUAAAGAGGGACAUACCAGGAAACCAUCGUUACUCUGUGCAUUAUGGAGCACCUUUAAGUUUGUCCUGAUUCAAGUUGCUUUAUUCAAAGUGUUCGCUGAUAUUUUGUCCUUUACUAGCCCACUCAUAAUGAAGCAAAUGAUAAUUUUCUGUGAACACCACACUGAUUUUGGCUGGAGUGGCUAUGGUUAUGCAAUGGCACUUUUUAUUGUAGUCUUUUUGCAAACCCUGAUUCUUCAGCAAUAUCAACGUUUUAACAUGCUUACCUCUGCAAAAAUUAAGACAGCUGUAAUUGGACUGGUCUACAAAAAGGCCCUAUUUUUAUCUAGUGUUUCUCGAAAAAAGUUUUCCACUGGGGAAAUUAUCAACUUCAUGUCAGCAGAUGCCCAACAGCUCAUGGACUUGACAGCAAACCUCAAUCUCCUCUGGUCAGCACCUUUUCAAAUCCUGAUGGCCAUAUCACUCCUUUGGCAGGAGUUGGGUCCAGCAGUGUUAGCAGGGGUUGCAGUUCUUGUGCUUGUUAUCCCAAUAAAUGCUUUGGUUGCUACUAGAAUAAAACACCUGAAGAAAAGUCAAACGAAGACCAAAGAUAAACAGUUAAAACUACGCAAUGAAAUCUUACAUGGAAUUAAGAUCCUUAAACUUUAUGCAUGGGACCCAUAUAAAAAGAAGAUUAUUGAAAUUCGAGAACAGGAAUUGAAAGUUCAAAAAUCAGCUGGGUAUCUUGCUGUAUUUUCUAUGCUGACACUAACUUGCUUCCCAUUCUUGGUAUCUCUGGCCACCUUCAGUGUCUAUUUCUUACUGGAUGAAGGAAAUAUUUUAACAGCUACUAAAGUGUUCACGUCUAUGUCUUUGUUUAAUAUCUUGAGGCUCCCUUUGUUUGAUUUACCAACGGUGAUCUCAACAGUGGUCCAGACAAAGAUAUCAUUGGGUCGUUUGGAAGACUUUCUCAACACUGAGGAAAUUCUUCCUCAAAACAUUGAAACAAACUACAUAGGAGAUCACGCCAUUGGAUUUACAAAUGCUUCCUUUUCCUGGAAUAAAACAGGGAUUCCGAUUCUAAAAGACUUGAACAUAAUGAUUCCAGAAGGAGCUUUAGUGGCUGUUGUGGGGCAGGUUGGGUCUGGAAAAUCAUCUGUGCUUUCUGCCAUUCUGGGGGAAAUGGAGAAACUCACAGGAGUAGUCCAAAGGAAGGGUUCUGUGGCUUAUGUUUCCCAGCAGGCCUGGAUUCAGAAUUGCAUUUUGCAAGAAAACAUUCUCUUUGGCUCCGUCAUGCAGAAGCAGUUUUAUGAGCAAGUAUUGGAAGCCUGUGCUCUCCUUCCAGAUUUGGAGCAGUUACCCAACGGAGAUCAAACUGAGAUUGGAGAAAGAGGUGUGAAUAUAAGUGGGGGUCAGAAGCAGCGAGUAAGUUUGGCCAGAACUGUCUAUAGUGGGGCAGACGUCUACCUCUUGGAUGAUCCAUUGUCCGCAGUUGAUGUUCACGUUGGAAAGCAGCUUUUUGAAAAAGUGAUGGGGUCCUCGGGCCUUUUAAAAAACAAGACUCGUAUUUUAGUGACACACAACCUCACACUUCUGCCAAAGAUGGAUCUGAUUGUUGUAAUGGAGAGUGGCAGAGUAGCACACAUGGGAACAUACCAGGAGCUUCUGUCUAAAACCAAAAAUUUCACUAAUUUGCUUCAAGCCUUCAGUGAAGAAGGAAAAGGUCUCUUUGUCUGCUGUGGAGCCUACGUGCUCACCAGAGGAUCCCUGGCUGCUUCCCGAACAUUGUAUGCUCAGCUGUUGAAUAAUGUGCUGCAUCUCCCACUGCAGUUUUUUGAGACCAAUCCCAUAGGCCAGAUUAUCAACCGAUUCACCAAGGACAUGUUUAUAAUUGAUUUGCGUUUCCAUUACUACUUACGGACCUGGGUGAACUGUACGUUGGAUGUUAUUGGGACAGUUUUGAUCAUUGUGGGAGCUUUACCACUCUUCAUUCUGGGAGUGAUUCCUUUGAUUUUCCUCUAUUUUACUAUACAGAGAUACUACGUGGCAAGCUCUCGGCAGAUUCGGCGGUUAGCAGGAGCAUCCCGCUCUCCUGUCAUUUCCCACUUUGGUGAGACCUUAUCGGGGGUAUCCACUAUCAGAGCAUUUGAACAUGAGCAGAGGUUCAUCCAGCAAAACAAAGAGGUGGUGAAUGAAUACUUGGUCUGUUUCUACAAUAAUGUAAUUUCAAACAGGUGGCUGUCUGUUAGACUUGAAUUUCUUGGCAACUUAAUGGUAUUCUUUGCUGCACUGCUUGCUGUACUGGCUGGCAAUUCCAUAGAUUCAGCAAUAGUUGGCUUGUCCAUAUCCUAUUCCCUAAAUAUUACUCAGACUCUGAAUUUUUGGGUAAGGAAAGCAUGUGAAAUUGAAACCAAUGCAGUUUCCAUUGAAAGAGUUUGUGAAUAUGAAAAUAUGGAUAAAGAGGCACCCUGGAUACUGUCUAGAAGGCCUCCAUCACAAUGGCCCAGCAAAGGGAUAGUGGAAUUUAUUAAUUAUCAGGUUCGAUACCGAGAGGGUCUUGCUUUAGCAUUACAAGACAUUACUUUCCAGACUCAUGGGGAAGAGAAGAUUGGAAUUGUGGGAAGGACUGGAGCAGGCAAAUCAACGCUAUCAGAUUGCUUAUUUAGAAUUGUGGAGAGAUCAGGAGGCAAAAUUAUUAUCGAUGGAAUUGAUAUAUCAACUGUCGGGCUGCAUGACCUUCGUAGCAGACUUAAUAUUAUUCCACAGGACCCUGUUUUAUUUUCUGGAACCCUUCAAAUGAACUUGGAUCCCCUGGAAAAGUAUUCUGAUAGCAAGCUGUGGGAGGUACUCGAGUUGUGUCACUUGAAAGAGUUUGUGCAGACUCUUCCCAGGAAGCUGCAGCAUGAGAUUUUAGAGGGUGGUGAAAACCUCAGUGUUGGACAACGGCAGCUUGUCUGCCUUGCUCGUGCUUUGCUUCGGAAAACAAAAAUUCUCAUCUUGGAUGAGGCAACAGCCUCCAUCGAUUUUGAGACUGAUAACUUGGUGCAGACCACAAUAAGGAAGGAGUUUUCUGAUUGUACCAUCCUGACGAUUGCUCACAGGCUGAAUUCUAUCAUUGAUUCAGACAGAGUGCUUGUUCUAGACUCUGGAAGGAUUCUGGAAUUUGAAACACCACAGCAUUUAAUGCGUGACAAAGGACUUUUCUUUAAAAUGGUAACAGAAGCUGGAAUAACACUACUCAGGGACAAAGAAUAAAUAAUUUUAGCUGUAUGUUGAUUAUACAGAAUAAAAGAGAUAUAAUAUAUUGACAUUUAAAGAAUAAUAAUGGGGGAGAAAUGCACAGAGGCAGCCCCCUAGCUACAAGUUGUCACAGAUACCUAUAGGCACCAUAACUACACCUUACCUUGUCUUCCAUUCAAGCCUUCUGGAAUGCGUACUUUUUCCACAUUUCCCAGAGUGCUAAAUACCACUUAACCUGUAAGCCUCUAUGACUUUAUGCAGCGACCCCUGCUCCCUGGUCUGCUUUAUGCCCUUUUUCUGUGUUCUCACCAGAUUCAUGUGCAUACCUUUAUUAUGUUAGGUACUGUAGUCUGCCUCCCUCCCCACCCCCACACACAUACACUAGAUAAAGCUACUGGAAGACAAGGACCCAGUUUUAAUUGACUUUGCACAUUAGGUUCCUAGCAAAGGACCUGUCAUGUAGUUGAUACCCAACAAAUGUUUGUAGAAUGAAUAAGUAUUUAUGAAUGGCAGUAAUAUGAUGUAGGUGCUUAUAUAUAAUAUAUGUUUGUUACAGUACAGUUUAUGAAAUCACAGGAACAACAUUGAAUCAUUCAGCUGCCUUUGGGAAAGUAUAAUUAUAUAUUAACUGAAUUUCAUGAUCUGCUUUAUUUAAAAAUAACGUUUUAUAAUAUUUUACAUUUACUUUUUUGAGUAAAAACACCAUUAUUUUCUAUGGAACAUCAUAUUUGACUGGAUCAACCUCAUUGUGUUAUGUACCAGAUUGUAUUUGUUCAGGUAAAGAUGGUUGAUUGUAAUAUUAAUCAUAUUUUAGGGGCUUUUUAAUUUAGUGAUUUUAUGUAAUAAAAGUAACAUUAUUUCUCUGAAUUGCCAUUCAGAUUUGAAGUGUUCAAACUUCAAUGGUACUUUCCUUUCA